AUGCAAAUUUCAACAGUCCAACCGAUAUUUAAGCUAGAACUAAGUCAUAAGGUGACGCCAAGGAUUGUUAUUAUAGCUAAGUAUGACGGAACACAUCCGUGUCUAACUGCAUCUGCAGGAUACGACAAAGUAAUAAUUCACCAUCCGCAUGGUGUCGUUGGCGGUCGUGCGCAGCGGUCUGACGCCCAUGCAGAAGUUUCAGAGCUCAACCUGAGCCAGGCUAUUAUCGCCCUAGCUGCUGCCCCACUUAAGGAGGACUGUACGAGGGACAUAUUGCUUAUUGGUUCUCCUACUCAGAUAUUGGCUUACGAUGUCCACGAUAACUCAGACUUGUUUUUCAAAGAAGCACCAGAUGGAGUUAACGUUAUUACAACAGGAAAAGUCGGAAAGAAUACUGAUAUAUUGGCUAUAGUUGGAGGAAACAGCUCCUUAAUAGGUCUAAAUGGUAAGAGGGAAGAGGUCUUUUGGAAUGUCGUUAGCGGAAAGGUGGCUGCGAUUAUCCCAUUCGAUUUCGAUAAAGAUGGUGAAAAUGAGUUAAUAGUUGGAUGCGAAGACUCAGUUAUCAGAGUGUUAAAGAAUAACCAAUUUAUAAUAGAGCUUGCUGAAACCGGGCCCGUUCUCUGUUUAUCCCCAAUAUCUGAUGUGAGAUUUGCGUACGGCCUGGCUAAUGGGACAAUAGGCGUUUAUGAAGAAGGCCUGCGCCUGUGGAGAGUAAAGUCAAAACAAAAUGUAAUAUCUUUACAAUGGUCAGGUGAUUGGCUGGCAUGUUGCUGGACCAAUGGACGGAUUGAUUGGCGAGACAGCUCUGGGAGGGUAGUGAAAAGAGUUCAGCUUCGAUCAAACGCUGCUGGCAUGUUGCUAGCUGAUUAUCGGUCUGUUGGAGUACCAGAUUUAGUUUGCGUGUCGGACAGAGGUGAAGUUUUGGGCUACCCUCCGCAUCAAGAUACCACUGGUUUUAACGCGCCUAAGAAAUUCGCGUCCGAAGAAGAUCGCCUCGCCAUCACGGAAUUAAUGAAUAAGAAGCAAGCUCUUAUGGUAGAGUUGCAGCAUUAUGAGGCGAACUCAACAUCGGAAAAUUCCACCUUCGACAUCGGUCAUCGACCCUCGUCAGCCAUGCCAACUAAUACACGGCUACAAGUUGCUAUUACAACUAAUACUGAAGAAGGUUGUAUCCAGCUUGCGAUAUCGACUAACAAUGAAACAAUAGUUCGAGCAGCUCUCAUCUUAGCUGAGGGUGUAUUUGAGACAGGUGAAACUCUAGCGAAACACCCACCGCAAGGACAGCUAAAGCCUGUUCUUUUUAUACCAUUGACACCACCGAAAGAUGUCCCUAUAGAUGUACACAUAAAGGCUCUAGUUGGUUACGCUGACAGCGAACAGUUCCAUAUUUUUGAGCUCACAAAACAUCUCCCCAGAUUUUCAAUGUACAAACUAACAGAUUCUACAAUAAAAAACAUUACUCCUGGAAAUGUGACGUUCCGUAUAACAGAAAGACUUCAAAGAAUAUACAUUUGGGUGAACCAGAAUUUUCUUCUUGAUGAAAAAAUUGAGUUGGAAAAUGAAGUUCAAGAUUUACAUUUGAGCUUUUUUUGUCUACGAGAUAGAACUCAAUUGGACUUAGAAUUCAGUACAGAUGGUCAAGUGAAAUUUAAAACUGAUGAUAUUAGACUGGCGGGGGAUCUAAUACAGAGUUUGGCUCUAUUCUUGAAUCUUACUGAUUUACAGGUAUGUGUUUUCUUUAUACUAAAAUUAUAUUAUAUAAAAUUAUUCUUAAAUUAUUAUAAAUGA